GUCUGCUUUGCCUCUAUCCCGUGCUCCCAAAGUUUCCCUCACUGUGCACGCUCCAUCAAAUCUUUGUGACAGAUUCCAACUUUGAUGAUACCAUAGAAAGAACCUUGACUCCCAUCACCAUCUCUCUACUUUGCUUGCUAUCCUAUCUUGGAUAAACAAGCAACUCAUCAUGUCUGUCCUACAAAAAGCAGAUCCGGCUAAGCUUCGUGAGAAGUUGGCCGAGAUCGUAGAUGCUUCGUAUUCCGUUGCUAAGGAAGAAGCAGCUAAAGGUCGUAUCGAACCAAAACGUGGAAAGGCCACAAUUCCAUUGCCUGGUAUCGAUGUACCUUUCCAUUCAAGUGUUUUGAGAGGAGGUGUAGCUGAAUUCCGCUCUUACCUCUCUAAGCGUGUUGGUGCAAUCAAACCAAGAACAUUGGUAGGCAAAUAUAUCCCAAACUUGACUGCAAAACCCUUCCAACUCACAAAAGAAUACACUGAAUUAACCUAUGAAGCAACCCGCUUUGGCUCCACCCGUUUGGCUAAAAUUCUUCGUAAUUGGGAGAAGGAUGGCUGGGGAACGCCGGACAAAGAGCAAGAAUUGUGUCGUACUCUUUUGAUCGAAUUGUUGGCAUAUCAAUUUGCCAGCUGUGUUCGUUGGAUUGAGACACAAGAUGUUUUCUUUGAGGAACCUUUUUCAUUCGAACGUUUGGUUGAAUUCGGCCCUAGUCCUACUUUAGUCGGAAUGGCAAGCAGAACACACAAGAUCAAAUAUGCCGGUCAAGAUCAAGCACAAGGCAAACGUCGUGUGAUGUUGUGUCACUCGAAGGAUCAAGAGCCUCUCUACUACUCUUAUGCGGACAUGGAAGACGAUUCAGCAGAAGCUGGACCAUCAUCACAACCAGACACAACACCUGCCCCUGCGGCCGCAGCUCCCGCUCCUGCUGCUGCUGCCCCUGCACCCGCUGCCGCACCAUCUGGUGGCGCAGCAGCAGCAGAUGUACCAGAUGCACCUCUCAACGCAUUCGAUGUCGUUCGCUGCAUUUUGGCACAAAAGCUCAAGAAGCCUCUCUCAGAUAUCACACCAUCCAAGAGUAUUAAAGAUCUCGUUGGCGGUAAGAGUGUGAUGGCAAAUGAAAUUCAAGCCGACCUAUUACAAGAAUUCGGCAGUAUGCCCGAACGUGGAGAAGAACUACCAGUCGAAGAAUUGGGAGCAUCUCUCAACUCUGGCUACAGUGGAACUAUGGGCAAAUACACUUCUGGACUUGUUACCCGUAUGGUUGGUAGUAAAUUGCCAGGUAGCUUCAACAUGGCUGCUACAAAGGCUUAUCUCCAAAAGACUUGGGGCUUGGGUCCUGGACGAACAGAAUCCGUUUUGCUCUUCGGUAUUGUUCAAGAACCCGCCAAACGUCUUGGUGGCGAUCCUGAAGCAAAAGCAUGGCUCGACUCCGCCGUUCAAGCCUACGCUUCUUCUGCAGGCUUGCAAUUAAGCCAAGCUGGAGCUGGUGGAGGCGGCGGCGGUGGCGGUGGUGGUGCAACCAUCAGCAGUGAAGAAUUGGAGAAACUUGAAUCUCGUCACAAUGACCACGCUCGUCGUCAAAUUCAAAUCUUGGAACGCUAUAUCGGUAUUGAUGGUCGUCAAGCAGGUCGUUUGGCAGAAUCAAUCCAACAAGAGGUCCAAGAAUUACGCGAUCAAUUGGACGAAAUCUCUGCAGAACAUGGAGAAGCUUAUACAAAGGCCAUCUUGCCUCGAUUUGAUGCUCGUAAGGCAAGAAACUUUGCAAGUUACUGGAAUUGGUCUCGUCAAGAUGCUUUGUUGAUGUGGUGCGAUAUCCUCGCUGGUCGCUUGACUGCUGUUGACCGUGAAGUUGCACGUAAAUCACUCACACUCAUGUCGCGUGCCGAUGAAACCUUGCUGGGUUUGAUGGAAUACACAAUCGGUGCCGUUGACCCUGAAGAAGGACCAACAUAUGCAUUGGCCAAAGAAUUUGGUCAAAUGUUGAUCGACAACUGUCGUGAAGCAUUGAGUCAACCUGCUACGUUCAAGGAAGUGUACGCUCCUACUGCUCCUCACACAGUUGUCGACGGUAAAGGUAACAUUAUCUACACAGAAGAGAAGCGUGUCGGCGUUCGCAAGAUGGAGGCAUACGUCAAAGAGAUGGCUGCCGGUACUCGUGCCGGACCUCAAGUAGACAUCGAUGCCGCGCGUGAACAAAUGUCCCGUCUAUGGACUUUGAUCAAGAACGAGCCCACUGUUUCACGUUUCAACAAGAGCACAAUCAAGUCUAUCUAUGGAGAAAUUUUCAAGAGUCUUGGUCCAACUGCCAACCCACGCAGCCGUAUCAAUGCCCAACGUCAACGUACUCGUCGAUUGAGCUCCAACGUUCGCGCAUUGCCUGUUGAUCUUUCAGUCAAUGUCGAUUCUGAUCGUCAACCUCAUUUGCAAAUCAAACGUCGUGUUGGUACCGACUUUGUUGUCAGCCAAAAGUUGACAAAGGUCUACUUGACAAUCUUGGAAGACAUUGCCAAGAAUGGUGUCACUUUCAAGGGUCAAAAUGUUUUGAUCACAGGUGCAGGUCGUGGAAGUAUUGCAUUGGAAGUUGCUCGCGGUCUUUUGGCUGGUGGUGCUCGUGUGAUUAUCACAACAAGCUCAUACAGCCGUAAGCAAGUGUCCUUCUACCAAUCUCUUUACCAAUCUGUUGGUGCCAAAUCAUCUCAAUUGACAAUCGUUCCUUGGAACGCUGCUUCCAAACGUGACACAGAAGCUUUGGUUAACUACAUCUACGAAGAUUUGGCUUUGGACUUGGACAGCAUUGUUCCAUUUGCUGCUAUUCCUGAUGCCGGUAGCUUCGAUACGAUCAGUGACAAGAGUGAAGUGGCUCAUCGUGCUAUGUUGACCAACCUUGUUCGCUUGCUGGGUUACAUUAAAGCAGCCAAGGAAAGUCGAGGCUUCCGUACACGUCCUACCGUCUGCAUCAAUCCUUUGUCACCUAAUCGUGGUCAAAUGGGUGGAGGUGGUCUAUACUCUGAGAGCAAGGUUGCUUUGGAAACAUUGGCAAACCGUUCAGUCAGUGAAGGCUGGUCUGAAUACAUCAGUAUUACAGGAUGCAUUAUCGGUUGGGUGCGUGGAACUGGAUUGAUGGAUUCCAACAACGCUGUUGCAGAAGAAAUCGAAAAGCAAGGUAUGCGUACCUUCUCUUCCAUUGAAAUGGGUUUCAAUCUUUUGGGAUGCUUGCACCCUGUCAUGACUGCUACCGCACAAGUUGAACCGAUCGUGGCUGAUUUGUCCGGUGGUUUCACUCGUGUACCUGAUCUUGCUACACGUUUGGCUGCUAUCCGUACCAAGGUGUACGAUGAAGCCGCUCGUCGUCGUGCAAUCUCUCUUGAACAAUCUGCCGAUUUCAAGGUUAUCAAGGGAGCAGCCGCCGAAGCAUUACAUCAAACAGUCAAGGUUGAACCUCGUGCCAACUUCCGUUGGGAAUUCCCCAAACUUGAUCAACGUGAGGAUAUCGUACGUAUGGCUUCUCCAAAUGCAAACAUUGAUUUGGAAAAGACUUUGGUCAUCACUGGUUUCGCUGAAGUUGGUCCUUGGGGUUCUUCUCGUACUCGUUGGGAGAUGGAAGCUUAUGGUCACUUCACCAUCGAAGGAUGUAUCGAAAUGGCAUGGAUGAUGGGUAUGAUUCGCUUUGUGGAUGGUAAACUCAAGAACGGAAAGCAAUACGUUGGUUGGGUUGAUGCCAAGUCUGAAGAAACAGUCACUGAUGCACAGGUCAAGACACGCUAUGAAGAAGAAAUCUUGGCUCACUCUGGUGUUCGUCUUGUCGAACCUGAAUUGUUCCGCGGCUACGAUCCUCAACGCAAGGGAUAUGUUCAAGAAGUUGAAAUCCAACAUGACUUGGAACCUUUGGAUGUUUCUCUUGAAGAAGGUGCCAAGUACAAGCUGGAGCACGGAGAACGUGUUGACGUUUGGCCAUCACCAAAUGGCGGAUCUUUCGUCCAAUUCAAGAAGGGAGCACGUAUCCAUAUCCCAAUGGCCAUCAAAUUCACACGUGCAGUUUCUGGACAAAUUCCCACCGGUUGGCACGCUGGCCGUUUCGGUAUCCCAGAAGAUUUGCAAAACAUCGAUCGUACAUCUUUGUGGGCACUUGUCUGUGUUACUGAAGCUUUGGCAAUGUCAGGUGUCACUGAUCCUUAUGAGUUGUACAAAUACGCUCACGUUAGCGAGGUUGGUGUUUCAAUCGGUAGCGGUAUGGGUGGUCAACAAUCAUUAUCUGCCAUGUUCCGUGAUCGUCGUCAAAACAUGGAUGUCCAAAAGGACAUCUUGCAAGAGACUUUCAUCAACACUGUUGCCGGUUGGUGUAACUUGUUGUUGAUGAGUUCAAGUGGUCCAAUUUUGUCCGUUGUUGGUGCAUGUGCUACUGCUUUGCAAUCCAUGGCAGUUGCAUCUGAAGCAAUCUUAUCAGGCAAAGCCAAAUUCAUGCUCGUCGGUGGUAAUGAUGAUUUGAGCGAAGAAGGUGCAACUGAAUUCGCCAACAUGGGAGCCACCAUGUCAAGCACAGAAGAUAGCUUGGCAGGUCGUGAGCCAAGUGAAAUGAGUCGUCCAAUGACCACAACACGUGGUGGUUUCAUGGAAUCUCAAGGUGGAGCCGUUCAAUGUGUUUGCACAGCUGCAUUCGCUAUCGAAGCCGGUUUGCCCAUUCAAGCCGUUGUUGCCCACGUCUCUACACACACUGAUAAGCAAGGUCGCUCCAUUCCUGCUCCUGGUCACGGUGUCUUGAGUUCAGCUGAACCUCUUCGUCGUACUAUGGAACAAUGGGGUUUGACAGGAGACUCUAUUGGUGUCAUCAGCAUGCACGGAACUUCAACAAAGGCAAACGACAAGAACGAAAGUCAUGUGUACCAUCAACUGAUGAAGUACUUGGGACGUACUCCUUGCAAUGCUGUUCCUGCGAUCGCACAAAAAUGGUUGUGUGGUCACGCAAAAGGUGGUGCAGCUGGUUGGGCAAUGAACGGAUUGAUUCAAUCUAUUCAAACUGCUACCGUUCCAGGUAACCGUAACGCAGAUGAUAUCAGUCCAGAAUUGCGUGACUUCAGUUAUCUGUUGUAUGCCUCUCAAACGAUCAAACGUCCUGCUCGUGAAUUGCACGUCGGUCUCUUGACCAGUUUCGGUUUCGGUCAAGUUGGUGGUAUUGCCAUGGUUUUGCAUCCGAACCACGUUUUGGCUCACUUGACUGCUGAUCAAUUGGCAGUCUAUGCUGGCAAACGUUCUGGACGUCAAUCCAAGACAUAUGCCAAGAUGCACUCUGCUUUGACACGUAACGACUUGGUUCAAGUCAAGGAUGCUGCUCCAUACACCAAUGAGUUGGAAGACAAGGUCUUGUUGAACCUGAACGCCCGUGCAGUUGAACACAAUGGUUCGUAUGCAUUCCCAAAGACACAAGAGAAGAAGUUGUCGGAUAUGAUGGUUCAUGUGGCUGGAAUCGGAAUCGAUUGCGAAAGCGUUUCAAGUUUCCCAGCAGACAAUGAAAACUUUAUCGCAAAGAAUUUCACUGAAGCUGAAAUUGCACAUUGCAAAUCUCAACCUGAUGCUCGGGCUUCAUUCUGUGGCAAAUUCUGUGCAAAAGAAGCCGUUUUCAAAUCGAUGGGAAUUGCAUCUCGUGGAAUUGCAGCACCGAUGAACGAGAUUGAAGUCGUUUCCGAUUCUCAAACAGGAGCACCACAAGUUCGUUUGGCUGAUUCGAUCAAACAACACUUGCCAAGCACAUUUGAUUUGAGUUCAGUCAAAUUCCUCGUCAGUAUUAGCCACAACGAUGACUUGGCCGUUGCCAUCGCUCAUCGUGUUCCCGCCUAG